AUGUACCUCGCAGAGAAGACCACGAUGGACGAGCCAACCAAACAAGCUUGGCUCGAGAUCGGAAAAGAAUUCGCAUGCGAGAUCAAUAAGUACGGUCGACCCACUGUUCGUGACCAUUGCAUGAGCUCGUUGGAGCAUAUCGCCAUCGGAGAUGAGGCACACCAGAAGCAGAACGGCGUUGAUCUUUACAAGCAUAUGUUCGAACAUUAUCCACACAUGAGAUCGGCAUUCAAGGGACGCGAGAACUACACGGCUGAGGACGUGCAAAAGGACGAGUUCUUCGUUAAACAAGGUCGGUUGCCUCCCCAUUCGCCAUCCUUCUGCCUUCGAACGUCUGAGGCCAGCAACGAGCUUUAG